CAUUACAUCAUAAACCUCUUAAAAUUUUUUUUUUUUUUUUUUUUUUUUUUUAUGUGUGUGUGUGUGUGUGUGUUUUAACACACUUUAGCACGGCUCUGUCCAUGAACGCUGGCGGUUCAGCCGGCUGAGUGAGUGCUGUAGAGACGGUUGUAUGUGAGGGGCGGUGAAAUGAGCAACCGGAGUAAACACCCAGCGCCUGAGGCUCCUAAAGCACUCACACUUCCAGCCCUGUUCAUCACCGCACAGUCAAACACAGCAGCUCUUAUCGGAUCUCGGAUCUACUGGAGCACAGAGACACGCCAUUACAGCGGAUUUAACGGAAUUCCAAGAUUUUUCUCUUUCUUUUUCUUUUUUCAAAUCAACCGAGCGCGCGCGAUUCAAUCUCUUCAGCUUAGUCCAGGUCUCUGAGCGAGAGUGGGGGCUCCUCCCUUUAGCAGACCGACUUGAAGAGGAAUUUGGCAGUAACGUACUACCUGAGGGAUGAGUGAGGUUUCCUCCACAUUAUUAAAGCGUGGUCGCCUGGUCAGGGCCGAGACUGACCCGGUUUGCAGCCUUCAUACCUCUCCCGGUCAGGAUGCUUCAGGAGACAAAGAACCAAACUUCCCUCUCGCCUCAGUGGCCGGCGUCCUGGAUAUGGAGGAUAACAGCCCGCCUCCUGCGACCCAACCAGAAGCCAAGCCAAAUCUUCGCAACAAGUUCCAUGGAGCCUUCAAGAAGGGCAUCGCCCACCCCAUGGACCUGCGCGACUCCUCCAACUAUGAGGCUUCGGUGACCACAGGGCCUAAACAGGCCCCCAUGGACUCACUUUUCGACUAUGGAACGUAUCACGCUGUCAGUAACCAAAAAUGGCGCAGGAAGAAACUUCCUCGAGGGAACACGGAGAGCAUGGCGCCAUGUGAGGAGAACAGCUCAGACCCUCCGAGGGCUCUGAAGCUGUUUAAUCGUGCGCUGAUUUUCGAUGCCGUGUCUCGAGCUGACCCGGGUGCUCUGGAUGGUCUGCUGGAGUUCCUGCAGAGCCGCAACAAGAGACUGACGGACGAGGAGUUCAGAGAGCCGUCCACAGGGAAAACGUGUCUUCUGAAAGCUCUGCUGAAUUUAUAUGGUGGGAAGAAUGACACCAUCCCGCUGUUGCUGGACAUCGCGGAGCAGACGGGAAACCUGCACGAGUUCGUCAACACACCCUUCAGGGACCUCUACUACCGUGGUCAGACGGCGCUGCACAUCGCCAUCGAGCGACGCUGUAAACACUACACUGAGCUGCUGGUGGAGAAAGAAGCUGAUGUUCACGCUCAGGCUCGGGGACGCUUCUUUCAGCCCCGAGACGAGGGGGGAUAUUUUUACUUUGGUGAGCUCCCGCUCUCGCUGGCCACCUGCACUAACCAGCCCGUACUGGUGCACUAUCUGAUUGAGAACAGCCACAAGAAGGCAGACCUGCGGCGUCAGGACUCGCGCGGCAACACCGCCCUGCAUGCGCUCGUGCAUGUAGCAGACAACACGCGUGAAAACACACGCUUCGUCACCAAGAUGUACGACCUGCUGCUUGUCAACAGUGCCAAACUUUACCCAGAAUGCAACCUGGAGCAGCUGCUCAACAACGAUGGCAUGUCACCACUCAUGAUGGCCGCCAAACUCGGCAAGAUCGGGGUUUUCCAGCACAUCAUCCGGAGAGAAAUCAAAGAUGACGAGGUGCGUCACCUGUGCAGGAAGUUUAAGGACUGGGCGUAUGGACCGGUUUACUCGUCUCUAUACGACCUGUCCUACCUUGACACAUGCGGCGAAGACGUCUCUGUGCUGGAGAUCCUCGUCUAUAACAGCAGGAUUGAGAACCGUUAUGAGAUGUUGGCUGUGGCGCCAAUUAACGAGCUGCUGGGGGCAAAAUGGAAAAAAUUUGCCGCCGUGACUUUUUACAUCAGCGUGGUGUCGUACCUCAUCACCAUGAUCGUCUUCACACUCGUCGCCUACUAUCGUCCUUCAGGAAGCAAGCCUCCGUAUCCAUACGUAACGACGGGAGACAAAUUGCGUCUGGCAGGAGAACUCCUCACCCUCAGCUCUGGAUUGUUUUUCUUCAUAAGUAAUACAAAGGACCUGUUUCUGAAGAAAUGUCCGGCAGUGAGUUCGUUAUUUAUGGAUGGAUCAUUUCAACUCCUCUACUUUAUGUACUCUGUGCUGGUGUUGGUGACGGCGGCUCUGUACCUGGCCGGGGUGGAGGCCUACGUGACGGUGAUGGUGUGUGCGCUGGUGUUAGGAUGGCUGAACACACUUUAUUUCACUAGAGGCUUCAAACUCACUGGCACGUACAGCAUCAUGAUCCAGAAGAUUCUGUUUAAAGAUCUGUUCCGCUUCCUGCUGGUGUACCUUCUCUUCAUGAUUGGCUAUGCCUCAGCUCUGGUGUCUCUGCUCAAUCCGUGUCCCCCCAACAGCACGUACACCAGGUGGAACAUCACAACAAAGUCAUACUGCCGAGACACGGUAGCUUUCAGCACCUUUCUGCUGGAACUGUUCAAGUUGACCAUCGGCUUGGGAAACCUGGAAGAAAUGCUCCAGGGGAUGCAGUACCCUGAAGUCUGCCUCAUUCUCGCAGUCACCUACAUCGUCCUCUCCUUUGUGCUCCUGCUAAACAUGCUGAUCGCACUGAUGGGACAGACUGUCACCAAGGUGAACAAACAGAGCAAGAAGAUCUGGAAGCUGCAGUGGGCUACAACUAUCCUGGACAUUGAGCGCUCUUUACCUGUGUGCCUGCGCAAAAAGUUCCGUGUAGGAGAAAUGGUGACCGUGGGGAAGACCUGGGAUGGGAUGCCUGAUAAACGCUGGUGCUUCAGAGUGGAUGAGGUGAAGUGGUCAGACUGGAACCACAAUCUGGGAAUCAUUAAUGAGGAUCCCGGACAGAAAGAACAAAAUGAACAAGUACACACCACCACGAAACGACUUCGACGAGAUCGCUGGUCCUCGGUGGUUCCCCGUGUAGUGGAGCAGAGUCGAGACUCCAGAUCCAGAGACCAUGUGGUGGAGAUGAUGCCCCUGAAGCACAGAAACUCAAACUAGACCUGGACUGAACCACAGAACUGCGAUGAAAUUUG